GUAAACAUAUACCACACGUUUUACAAGAACAUAUUACCCCAUGUAAACAUCAAAGACACCAUUCAGCCAUUAAACACCACACCUAUUUUCAACAUGCGUCUAGGGUGCGUCCUGAGUGUGUUGGUGGGGGUGUUGGCUGCCGGAAGCGCUCUUAUUCCCCUCCCCAUCCCUCUGCCAGCCGUAGGACCUGGCCCUUUGAUAGUGGCUGGUCUCUGGAGUCUCAAGGCCAUUGCUAUACUAGGGUACAAAAAGUUACAGGAGGAUAAGCAGUUAAGGGAGGAGGAGAAAGAAUAUGAGAAUUAUGAGUCUAGCUACAGCCGCCAGAAACGAGCCAUCACACAGGGGGAGGAGGAGGUGGAAGAGGCGGAGAAGCUGUUGCUGUCAGCCGCCACUCACCUGGACACUGACGGCUGUGUACUGAAGCUCCUGUGUCACCUGAACAACAAACAGGUAGAUGCUCUUACGCUAGAGGAAACCGUCCUCCUCCAAAUGUUCUCUGAUAGCCCGGAGACCAUGUCCUCCUACAACACCACCAUCCAGGAGGACAGUGAAGUCGACCAGGGCGUGUGUGACAAGAUGUUCCCCAACUGUCCCCUGACGGAGGAGGAGCUGGGUAGUCUCUUGCGGCAGACGUGGGGCUGUGGGAGCCUCAACCAUUAAUGUGUAUGACAGACGCGGGGUGUGGAAGCUGCUCCUCAUAAUGUGUAUGUGUUUCUGUGUAGGUAUGUACACUUAUUGUACAGGAUAAUAUUUAUAUAUGUAUGUAUGUGUUGUUAUUG